CAACCAAACAGGAUUAUAAACUUUCUUGGGGUUGUACCAUUACUGCUCUUGGUACGGAUUUCUAGUGCUACAAGCAGCGAAGUUGGAGAACAACGGCAGACAGAGCUACCUCCCACACUGACACCAUGGCUUCUCCGGCCAUCUCCAAAUUCUCCACUUUCAAAAACACAGCCACCGCCACCCCAACCACAGCCACUCCACCUCCUCUCUCCCCUGUCCCAUCUCACUUAGAUAGCUUUUCUUCCGACCCAAUCUUCUCUGCCUUUCUGUCCCCUGACUUCAACCCGACACAGUUCUCCUCCGCCGCCCUCUCCUCAGGAUCCGCCGCCUCAAGAAUUGAAAAACUCCAGGAGGGCUUGCGCCUCCUCGACACCCAGCUCCGCCACGAGGUCCUCUCCCGCCACCAGGAACUCCUCCACCAGCUCUCAUCCGUUAAAGCCGCAGAAUCUUCCCUCUCCUCUCUCCGCUCCUCCAUUUCCUCUCUCCAGUCCGCAGUCCGUCAUGCCCGCUCCGAGCUCUCCGAUCCCCAUCGUGUUAUUUCCGCACAUACCCACCAGCUUAACAACCUUCACUCCACUUCCUUAUUACUUCAGAAUACUCUCCGAACUCUCCGCCUCAUCCACAAGCUAAGAAACCUUGUGGAUUCACAGCCUGAUGCUUCAAAAUGGGAUCUUUCCAAGGCAGCCCAGCUGCAUUAUGAGAUUCUGAUUCUUUAUAACGAGUCCCAUUUAUCGGGAAUUGAUGUAGUGGACGCUGAAUUGAAAUGGGUUAUUGAGAUCGGCUCCAAAAUAAGAGAGGAGGGGAUGAAGGUAUUGGAAAAGGGUCUUGAGAGUCUGAAUCAACCGGAGGUGGGAUUGGGUUUGCAAGUGUUCUAUAACAUGGGCGAGUUAAGGGGAACAGUGGAUGGGUUGGUGAACAAGUAUAAGCAAAUGGGGGUGAAGAGUGUGAGUAAUGCACUGGAUAUGAAGGCAAUUUCAGGUGGGGGGUAUGGUGGUGGAGGUCCAGGAGGGGUGCAGAGACAUGGGACACCACAGAUUGGUGGUGGGGCAAAGGCAAGGGAGGCUCUUUGGCAGAGGAUGAGUGGUUGUAUGGACCAAUUACAUUCAAUAGUGCUUGCGGUUUGGCACUUGCAGAGGGUGUUGUCGAAGAAAAGGGAUCCAUUCACGCAUGUGCUACUGUUGGAUGAGGUCAUGCAGGAAGGUGAUCAAAUGUUAACUGAACGUGUUUGGGAUGCGUUAGUAAAAUCCUUUGCAAGCCAAAUGAAGUCUGGUUUCACUGCUUCAAGCUUUGUCAAGGAGAUAUUUACUGUUGGGUAUCCAAAGUUGUUAACCAUGAUCGAGAACCUCCUUGAAAGAAUUUCUCGUGAUACAGAUGUCAAAGGAAUUCCACCAGCUCUCACUUCAGAUGGCAAGGAACAAAUGGUGGCUGCCAUUGAGAAUUUUCAGACAGCAUUUUUAGCCCUAUGCUUAAGCAGACUGACAGAUCUUGUAAACUCUGUAUUUCCAAUGUCACGUGGGAGUGUCCCAUCCAAAGAACAUAUCUCGAGGAUUAUAUCACGCAUUCAGGAAGAAAUCGAAGCUGUGCAACUGGAUGCGCAUUUGACUCUUCGUGUCUUGCGGGAAAUCAGCAAGGCUUUGCUUCUACUUGCAGAACGAGCUGAAUACCAGAUAUCAACAGGCCCUGAAGCACGCCAGAUAACUGGUGCUGCGAAUCCAGCACAGCUGAAGAACUUCAUGUUGUGUCAACAUCUGCAAGAAGUUCAUACACGCAUAACGUCCAUGAUAACCGGACUGCCCACUGUUGCUGCUGAUGUUCUAUCCGCAGCUCUUGGUACAAUAUAUGGUGUUGCUGGUGAUUCAGUUACAUCUUUAUUUCAAGCCAUGCUCGAUCGCCUUGAGUCCUGCAUCUUGCAAAUUCAUGAGCAAAAUUUCAGUACUCUUGGCUUGGAUGCUGCUAUGGAUAAUAAUGCAUCCCCGUAUAUGGAAGAAUUGCAGAAAAGCAUUCUUCACUUCCGGACUGAAUUCUUAUCCAGGCUUUUGCCUUCUUCAGGAGCUGUCUCUGUCGGAACAGAAACUAUAUGCUCAAGGCUAGUAAGGAGCAUGGCUUCCAGGGUUUUGACAUUCUUCAUAAGACAUGCGUCACUUGUCAGACCGUUAUCAGAAUCAGGAAAACUGAGAAUGGCCAGGGACAUGGCGGAACUUGAAUUAGCAGUAGGCCAAAACUUGUUUCCAGUAGAACAGCUUGGUGCACCCUAUCGGGCCCUUCGAGCAUUCAGGCCCGUUAUUUUCCUGGAUACAUCUCAACUGGGAUCAUCUCCACUUCUUCAAGAUCUUCCCCCAAGCGUCAUACUUCACCAUCUCUAUUCACGGGCACCUGAUGAUCUGCAGUCUCCUCUACAAAGAAACAAGCUUACACCUCUGCAGUAUUCGUUGUGGAUGGAUUCACAAGGGGAAGAUCAGAUAUGGAAAGGCAUCAAGGUGACUUUAGACGAUUAUGCUGCAAAAGUAAGGGCCAGAGGAGACAAGGAGUUCAGUCCUGUUUAUCCUUUGAUGCUGAAAGUUGGUGAGUCUUUAACAGGGAAUAAAUCGUAAUGUUGACGAAUAUCUUAGUUCAGGUAAUUACAGUCUCUUGAUAAAUCUUGCCUCCAACAGAUUCAGCUACAGACAGUAUGCUCUCUCUCUCAAUCUUCUUCUUUUUCUGUCAUUUCCUUUUUCUUCCCCCUCCGGGCCCUUAUGUCAAUAUUAAAGAAUCACAUGAGAUGAUAUAUGUAGAUUAAAUUCAUGAAAUAUUUGUUUGUCGUCCGUGCUGCUCUACCCCACAUGCAUGUCAAUAGUUGAUUAGACUAGGAAAGCAAAUAAUGGGAAGCAUCUGCACGGUCAAGCGUUUACGUUGUGGUUCCAAUGCCAUCUGAUUAAGGGGGCAUUAUUAGCUAAAACCAUGUCUGUGUUGCAUCGUACACACGAAGAUAUUUAUAAAUUUGUUCCCAGAUUAUAUCCGUAGUUUAAUUCU